UCAUUUAGCUGAUGGAGCUGCAGAUGAAACCAGGGUUCAGGAGGAAAAUUUCUUGUAAAGGUCUACCUUCCAGAACUCCAAUUUAAGAGCUUAUGCCAGCUUUUAGUGUGAAGACGACCAUUUACAUUGCCUUUUUUACAUUUAACGUUUUUUGAGUUAUGUUAUUGCCUUGAGUCUGUUUGUUCUGUGAGGUAGGCUCUGUUCCACAUAACAGAACCAUUAAAAUAAAUGACCAUAAUAUAAACUGGACAGUGUUACACUGUUGGAAGCAUUUCUGAGAGGAGGUGAAGGCAUAAAAUAGAGCAGGCAGACUCCUCUGGGAACGCAAGUGAAGUUUUCAUGAAUAAUUUGGAAUGUAGCCAGUGAGUUUGGUUUGAUUUCCCUCGAAAUGGGGUAUCUUCUUAGAAACCCAGUUUGCGGAGAGUAUGGUAAGUGUGCCGUUGUUUCCAGCAAGAGAAGAAGAUAAUACGGCACGGAAACCCUGUCUUGGGAAUCCUACCCUCUCAAGCAUGCAGGCGUAAAGGGGAGCAUCGUAAAGAGUCAGAAGUAUGCCAUCACUAGAGGAUGGUAUGAUACCAUAUCCUGCAUCUCAUACAUUCUUCUGGAACAGGAGAGACUUUUUUGUAGAAAUUCCACUGUGAUCUCUACGUUGUCGAUUUCUUAAAUACCUUUGGCUUACCCUGUGCGCUGAAGGAACGGCAACUUUCCAGCUAAAGAAAACCUCUUUCUGGACUGUCCAUGUUUCUUCAGAAAAAGAAACAAUACCCUGAAACUACCAGCUAAACCGAGCAGAGUGUCGUGUCGUUAGAGAAGUAGAUUGCCCAAAGAGGAUAAGCAGAUAAAGGAGAGCCAGCAUUAAGUGCCGAACACUCAUGUGAUUCUGAACGUCAAAGGAGAUUAACGCCACAGUCCCAAGAUCUUUGUAGUGGUUUGUUCAGUGUAGGUGAAUAAAGCAUCCACCUUACUAUGCGAGGUGCCGUAGGGAUCGUAAAGACAGUUAAGGUCACCAAGGAGCCAAGUUUCGGAGAGGGCAGUUGAGAACUAUGUAGCAGAAGAUACUGGACGAGGCAGAGUGUGAUGAAGGUGUGCUCUAAUGGACAAAGGUUUCUGUAGGGUGUGAAGAGGGGCCGGAAAUGGCCUCGGAGAUGGCCCUUGAAAGAUAGAUUAGGCUUUAAACAGGAGAAAAUGGGGACAAAGGGUAAGAGCAAGAGGUCUUUUGAGGGAGUCCCCGUGUGAGGAAUGACAGGGCAGAGGUCAGCCCCACACGUGGCGGGGAGGGCAGAGCCUGGUCAUGGUCCGUCUGAGUUGAAACUGAGGAACGGUGCUGCCUGGCAGAGCAGACUGCGGAAGCCCAUGCAGAGGGCGGCUCUGAUGCCUGGCUAAGGAACGUGGGGAAAUCAGAAGCGGUGUGUGAUGAGGCGGGCGAAUGUGGCGCAUCAUCUGGUCUGCGCUGGAGAACCUGGAGGCCUGGAACGCAGUUCUUUCCGUGAUUCAGCAGAAGGGGAUGAGCACUAGGUUACGUUGGUGGCUGUGGGAACGAAGGGCACCUGUCUUUCCUGCUCUGCCAGGAUGUGGCUGGCGAUUGAUCACAAACACGGAAACUUGUUUGGCCUCUUGCACCCCGUGCUCACUCCCGAUCUGCAGAGGUAAAUGGUGAAAUAACUUAGCAGUUGAACUCUUCCUUCGUUCACUUCACGUAAACCCCUCUCCUAGUUGAGUGGGUGAAUUGUUUGCAGCCCCGAAUUGCUGAACGGGUGCUUCUGAGGCCUAUUCAGAAGGUAACGAGAUUUCCCGUUUUAAAAGCGCACAAAGACUGUGGAACGGGACCGUUUGGUCUGAAUUUUGGAGCUGCUGGAACUUCUUGUUGCUUUAGUGAUUAAAAACAAACACACCUCAAUAUCCGUGGCCUUUAUGCCGAAUGUUUAGAUAUGAUAGGUUUAUACAGCACGAGGGAGGAACUUAGCCCAAAUGAAAUGAGCAGCGGCCCUGGAAGUUUGGGGGUUAACCAGAGUCAGUCCUGGCGGACAGCCGCCCCACUUGCCCCUCUGCGCCUGCCCCUUGUGCCAGUGGUGCCAGGCCCGUGGGUGGUUGCGGCUGGAGGUACUGAGGAAGCGGUCGCUGACACAGCCAGAUUUCCACGUUCCCUUUUGUCACUGCAGCCGAGACGGGUGCCGUUGAACAGAUCACUGGAGGAGCGGAGAAUCACGGAAGGAGAUGUGUGGUGUGUGGGUCGUGCUGGAACCAGUGGUCUCUGGAAUCUGCUCUCAGACUAGCACUCGCUCUUCACCGUAAUCACAGAGAACCAUCUUACUGAGUUUCACACCAAACUCCCUACCAUCACAAUUACAUUUUGGAUGCACUUGAAUUGCCUUUACCUCAGCUGACAGUGUUACGUGCUCUCUGGGAGAAGGAUGCUGAAACAAAACAGGAAUUGUGGGAGGCGCUCCUGUGAAGAAAUGGACCAGUGUGCGUAAUCAUGGAAUCUCCUUGCUAACCUGCUCUCCUUGAGAAGUGAGAGAGAGAGUGGGUCAGGGAGAAGGAAAAGAGGUCAACAUGAAGCUAAAGCAGCGAGUCGUGCUGUUAGCAAUUCUUCUUGUCAUCUUUAUCUUCACCAAAGUUUUCCUGAUUGACAACUUAGACACAUCAGCAGCAAACCGAGAGGACCAGAGGGCUUUUCACAGAAUGAUGGCUGGCUUGCGGGUAGAACUGGUGCCCAAGCUGGACCACACCUUGCAGUCUCCCUGGGAGAUUGCAGCCCAGUGGGUGGUUCCGCGGGAAGUGUACCCAGAAGAGAUACCAGAGCUGGGGGCGAUCAUGCAUGCCAUGGCCACCAAGAAGAUCAUUAAAGCUGAUGUGGGUUAUAAAGGGACACAACUGAAAGCCUUACUGAUACUUGAAGGAGGACAGAAAGUCGUCUUCAAACCUAAGCGGUAUAACCGAGACUAUGUGGUAGAAGGGGAGCCGUAUGCUGGCUAUGAUAGACACAAUGCAGAGGUAGCAGCCUUUCAUUUGGACAGGAUCCUGGGUUUCCGCCGAGCGCCCUUAGUGGUUGGCAGAUUUGUUAAUCUGCGGACAGAGAUCAAGCCUGUUGCCACGGAGCAGCUGUUGAGCACCUUCCUAACCGUAGGAAAUAAUACUUGUUUCUACGGGAAGUGUUACUACUGCCGAGAAACGGAGCCAGCUUGUGCCGAUGGAGACACAAUGGAGGGGUCUGUCACGCUGUGGCUUCCGGAUGUGUGGCCUCUGCAGAAACACCGACACCCGUGGGGCAGGACUUACCGAGAGGGCAAACUGGCCAGGUGGGAGUACGACGAGAGCUACUGCGACGCCGUGAAGAAAACGUCCCCUUACGACUCCGGCCCGCGCCUCCUGGACAUCAUCGACACCGCAGUCUUCGAUUACCUGAUCGGCAACGCUGACCGCCAUCACUAUGAGAGUUUUCAAGACGACGAAGGCGCUAGCAUGCUCAUCCUUCUCGAUAAUGCCAAAAGCUUUGGGAACCCGUCACUGGAUGAGAGAAGCAUUCUUGCCCCCCUCUAUCAGUGUUGCAUCAUUCGGGUUUCUACCUGGAACAGACUGAACUACCUAAAGAAUGGUGUGCUGAAGUCUGCCUUAAAAUCCGCCAUGGCCCAUGACCCCAUCUCCCCCGUGCUGUCUGAGCCUCACCUGGACGCCGUGGACCAGCGGCUCCUGAGCGUCCUGGCCACCGUGAAGCAGUGCACUGACCAGUUUGGGGCGGACGCUGUGCUGGUGGAAGACAGGAUGCCUCUUUCCCACUUGUAAUUUGCCACACAAAAUAAGUGAAACUACUUUUUACAAAGCUAGAGAAACAGCACAAUCACUUCCAAAUGGUAUGCGAUGGAUUGGAAACGGCCAGCGGCAAGCUCUGGGUGACAGGGGACAGGGUGGCCUUGGAUUCCUUUGGUGAUUUCUGUAGGAGAAACUAAAGCAGAGACGACAGGUUGCAGACCCCAGGAGCCUUCCUGCCAGACCACCCGACCCCCUCGGCAUCUGCGCACCCCCGCGGUGGGCCUCCUGCUUGGUCCGUCCUAACUCACGUGCCAAAGGGUGGAUCGAGGUGUGGCGCCUGGAUGGGUUAAUGCUGGGGUUGGUUCUAGAGCGUGUAGUUCGAGUUCAUCUUCUAAUCCUUUCUCCACACCUGUGGAUUUUCUGAGAACACUUUGUAAUCUCUUGAGUCCUUUUGCAACCAGGACUAGUCCAGUUGGGAGUUUUCCUGCCUCCUGAGGAGUAGCAGCCAGUAAGACCUGGCGUUCUGUUGAGCCCAAAUAGCAUGCUCUCCUGGGAGGGAUAUGUUUUUAGGAUAGAAUUAGUGGGAAAGACAAAGGCGGGAAAGACGCCCGGGCUCCUUCUAAGUGAUUGGGUGGUAGUGUUCUUCGGGAUAGUUUAGAGGAGGGAAGAAGGGGCAGAACCAGAAUCGGAGAAGCCCCCCUGGCAGGUGCGUAAACGCAGACGUGACUCGAACCUCAGUGAGACCCGCAUUCCCACAGUGGUGUCCCAGUUACCCCGAAGUCGUUCAGGCGUGAUUCUCUCACGGAUACUUUCUUUUUCCCUUUUGCCCCAAGCAGGCACAUCUUUUCUAAAUUAACAAAGCGAAUUGAGGUGAUACCUUGAAUAAGAGUGAAGUUGCCUGUGAUCUCUGCCAUCCUGAUUUCUUUUCGGAAAUGAAUUUCCACCUCAGCCUUUAAGGCAUUUGGUCACCGAAGCCUCUGUUCCCGAGAGAAUGGCAAUGCUGUUUGUGCCUUUCUCGUGAGAACAACCAGCUUGCUCCCAGAGCGGACGGUGCUCGUCCUGCUGGCGGCUGGACCUGUCCUGUGACUUGGGCCUUGCAGAAGAUUGGGAACAAAAAUUUUAAGCAUUCUGAGCCUUAAAAUUAAGGAGGUCACUAGGGAGGGCCUUAAGAUUUUGAUUUAUAUCAAGCCCUAACGUCCUCAUUUCAUUUCAUCGGGCGUUCUGAACCGGUGGUGUAGGAUCGUUUUCCCGUGUCCUCUCACUGCCCACGACCCGGGCUCAGUGCAGUCUGUGUUCCUGCAAAGCGACUCGGACCCGUAAGCAGUUGCAGUAAAGCACAGGGCCCGAGGGGGACAGGCUCGGUGCGCCCGCCCACCAGGAGACCCAUUUCUCCUGCCUCUUGUCCGGGUGCCGGUCCAGCUUCUCACUUCUGUCAAGCAGAGACUGGUACUUAAAGCAUGUGGGCGAGCCGAUUUAAUGCCAGCCAUCGGAGACCGGUGUCAGGCAGCCACCCUUUUGAAAACAGCCUAGAAUGUAUGCCCUGAUUUUCUCGCAUUGAAAGGCCGCUAAGUAACCUGUCACCACUUAACAAUAGCAUGAGGUCAGGAUGCUUUUGUGCUUUGUACGUACGUUUCGAGACGUAC